AUGGCGAUGAAGGGCCAUUCCCUGCGGCGCACGCGCGCGUGGCCGCUAGGGCAUGCGCUUGCGCUAACUCGGUGCACGAAGCGGCACAAGGGCGCCGUGUUUGUGACCCUCAUCGCGACCAGCAUCCUGGCAGCCCUCCUUUCGAGGGUGGCGCUGAAGGAGGGCCCGGAUAUCGACGUCCAAGACGACCUGUCGAACUAUACCCCCCUGCCAGACACCAGAACCCCCCGCUGCAGGACGGGGGGCCUGUGUGAGAGCUGGCAGCUGACGUGCGCCAUUGCCAAGGUCUCCAAGGAUGAGCUGGAGGCGGAGGACUGCCUCCUCGCCCAGAUUUUCGACCCCGUGUCCAGGGCCGAGCAGGUCAGGGAGGCGGCGGCGCUCGCCUGGGACGGGUACAAGGCAUGCGCAUGGGGCAAGGACCUCGUCAAGCCCCUCACCUGCCAGUCCGCCGAUUGGUUCGACAUGGGCCUGACCCUGGUGGACGGUCUGUCUACACUGAAGAUGAUGGGCCUAGACUCCCGCUUCCGGGAGGGGCUGGCCUGGGUCGCCUCGGGGCUCAGCCUGGACAACGGCCGCACGGUGAAUGUUUUCGAGGCCACCAUCCGCCUCAUCGGCGGCCUGCUGUCGGCGCACGCCCUGGCAACCCCGGCAGACGGCGCCGAGCUCACCCCCGCCCUGCUGGAGCGGGCGGUAGAGCUGGGCGCGCGACUGCUGCCGGCCUUUGAGGCCAGCCCCAGCGGCAUUCCCUUCAUGGACGUCAACGUGAGCAGCGGGCAGGCCUCGACCUCCGCCUGGACGCACAUGAGCUACCUGUCGGAAGCUGCGACGCUGACCCUGGAGUGGACGCUCCUCUCGCGAUACUCAGGCAGGUGGAGGGCGGGCAUGCAUGCGGGAAGGCUCUCCUUGGUGUGGGGUGGAUCUCGCCAAGGAAACCCUGUGUUUGAGAAGCACACUGACAAGGUGUACGAGGUGUUGGCCAGCCAGACGGCCAAGUAUGGUGGACUCUUACCCUACGAGCUAGAUCCUGCCACGGGGGAACUGCAGGGAGACCGCGUGACACUCGGUGGGAGGGCGGAUUCGUACUACGAGUACCUGCUCAAGCGCUGGAUCCAGAGGGGGAAGAAGGACAAGACCCUCCUGCAGUGGUACAUCGAGGCCAUGCGCAGCGUGCGGUCCAGGCUGGUCCAGAGGACGGUGGGCAACCUCUGGUUUGUCUCCGAGCUGGACCUGACGCAGAACCGGACCUGGCCCAAGAUGGACCACCUUGCCUGCUUCUUGCCGGGCGUGCUGGCCCUGGGCCACUACCACGGCGUGGACACACGCGUCCCCGGCGCGACGCAGCGCGACCAACCCCCGGGCAUGAGCGACCUGCGGCUGGCGCGGGAGCUGGCGCGCAGCUGCUACGAGGGGUACCGCAACACGCCCUCGGGCCUGGCGCCCGAGGUCUGGCACUGGGUGGCCCAUGUGCCCGACGACAACCCGCGCGGCAUGGGCGAGUUCAGCAUCACCAGCCUGGACGCGCACAGCCUGCUGCGCCCCGAGACGGCGGAGUCGCUCUACCUGCUGUACAAGGGUGCGGGCGAGGGUUGCCACGAGCACCCCGCCAACUACGCCAGCCUGGACAACGUGGCGGCGGCGCCCUCGUCGCAGCGCGACUCGCAGGAGAGCUUCUUCCUGUCGGAGACGCUCAAGUACCUCUGGCUGGUGCAGGCCGAUGCCCCGGACGCCUGUGCCGUGGCCAACUGCACCCGCGCGGGGCCAGGCCGGCCCUCCCUCUUUCCACUCGACACCUGGGUGUUCAACACCGAGGCGCACCCGCUGCCCCUGGCCGGCGUCAGGCGCGUGAACCUGCCGCAGCGGGUGCUCAAGCCCUACAGCCCAGAGGCCAUCACGGCCAUGAACGUCUAG